AUGGAUAUCUACCUGCGAUGCAAUUCCCUCAAAUGCCGUGCACAGCUGAAAGAGAGAGCGGUGGUCACAACUUGCUCGCACAUAUUUUGUGUAGGAUGUGCAGAUGGUCUCGGCCUUUCACACCCCACCGCAGAUGACCGUCGUUGCCCUGCUUGUUCAACGAUUCUUUCCAACCCCGAUGAUACUGUGUCGACGAUCUUAAACCCGACAGAGGACUACAAGACGAGUGUGCUGAGUGGGUUGGACCCCAAUACUAUCAUGGAGUGCGCUGGCCGUGCGUUGGGAUUUUGGGCAUAUCAAAGCACACAAGAAAUAUUUUAUCAAGAGUUUUUGGGCAAGAGUCUCACCGAGAAGUAUACAAGCCUCAACAUGCAGAUGGACCGGAUUGUCCUCAACGCCAAUUCAGAGAUCUCGAACCUCCAUAGCAAGCUUGCAGAUCUACAGGGAGCCCAAGAGCAACUGCAAAAGAAAAACCAAGAGCUUGUCGACCUUUACCGUGAAAAGUCUACGAAACUGACUCAGAUGACGAAUCUUUACAGCCUUCUCAAAGCACGCGCAAUGCGCUCCCGCAUGGAGAUCGCAGCCUCGGAGACAGUGUCUCAUACUCUGAACACGGCCUCGAGGAUCGGUCCAGCUGCAUCACACGCCCCAUCUGGGCCGUCUGGAAAAUCUACUCAGUUUGCACCACGCCCCCCAAAGACACCUUCAUUACCCAUGAGCCCCAGUGGAAUUGAACAACUUCAUCGAUAUCAACGCAGUGGUACUGGCAGUUCCAGACAAGUGGGCAGAAAGGCCUCGAAACCCGCGGGAAUGCCUCCCCCAAGUCGCCCUACUUUGAAUUUGCACAAUCCCCAGACUAGGACAACUAAUCCGCAGCACCGAACCCGUCUUCCACAAAUCAGCCGGCCUCCAACUUCCUUGUCUCAACUCCCACCUGAUGAUGUUAUCAUGGCCAGAUUUGGGAAUUAG